CUGCACUGCACUGUCUUUGUGGUUGAUUCAUUGAAUCAUUCACUCAAGCAAUUCAUUCAUUCAUUCAUAACAAAACAUCACUACUGUGUGUCGCUUGGAGAGACGCGAUGGUUUCUUCUGCUGAGGCUUUGUUUGGAAGUAUUUUCGUUGGCGGAGCAAAGUUUGUUUAAAAUUGGACCAAACCAGACGAGUACCCAAUUGAAGAGUGCCUCUCCAGGGCUCGAGCACUGCCCAGAGCCCGAUUCCACGAGGGAACCGCAGACACUGGCCGGAGGACUGGAGGAGGUGGAGGAAAGGGGAGGAGGGACACCGGUUAACAGAUUAAAGCUCUCUCUGUUUCUCUCUCUCUUUCAUUCCCUCCGAGUGAGGAGAGACAACUCUAGGCACUGCAUGCUAUAAUCACAUUGCUUCUGUGUAAUUUGCUCCUCUCAAUUACUUGUCCUUCCUCCUCUUUUUUUUCCUACACUGCUGCCGUCAGGAGGAAAGGCACGAUUCAUAGGGAGGACUUGUGCAUCUCUUGUGCUUCCCUCUUUCUCUCUCUCCUUCUUUCUUCCUUUCUCUCUCUCUUUCUUUAAAUGUAAGUGGAAGGUGGGAUUGGGGGGAGUGAUUUAGGGAGUGGGGAUAAACCGUUGAGGCCAGCUGGAGAGAUGGGCAAAUCCAACAGCAAACUAAAGCCUGAGGUAGUGGAAGAGCUGUGCAGAAAGACCUACUUCACAGAGAAGGAAGUUCAGCAGUGGUAUAAGGGUUUUAUUAAAGACUGCCCCAGUGGUCAGUUGGACGCAGCUGGCUUUCAGAAGAUCUACAAGCAAUUCUUCCCCUUCGGCGACCCCACCAAAUUUGCCACCUUUGUCUUCAACGUCUUUGACGAGAACAAGGAUGGACGCAUUGAGUUCUCAGAGUUUAUACAAGCUCUGUCUGUCACAUCUAGAGGGACACUGGAUGAAAAACUCAGAUGGGCCUUUAAACUUUACGAUCUUGAUAAUGAUGGCUACAUAACCCGAGAUGAGAUGCUGAACAUCGUGGACGCCAUUUACCAGAUGGUGGGGAACACAGUGGAUUUACCUGAGGAGGAAAACACACCAGAGAAAAGAGUCGACCGCAUCUUUGCUAUGAUGGAUAAGAAUGCAGAUGGGAUGUUGACUCUGCAGGAGUUUCAGGAGGGCUCCAAGGCGGACCCCUCUAUUGUACAGGCACUCUCCCUUUAUGAUGGCCUGGUAUAGGCCCAUCUCAAAGUGGCGUUCAGUAAUCAAUACAAUACAUUUAUGUCAUUCUGCUGGCACUGUGAGAAGAAAGCUGACCUGUCACCAAUCUCUUUGGCCUGCCAACACGAAGGUGCAUUGUGGGUGCUGCUCUUGAGAGGGGAUCAGCUAUCAAUCACUCAUCUCCACUGUCACUGGAAAACCAAAAGCCGCUCAAGACAACGCAAACCCUUCCAGAACUCAUUUGGGAAGAGUGAUGUACAGUAAAAGAACCUAAUGAGGUCUGAUGGGUUCAGUGCCCUUUUUGUAAAGAAAAAGAGACACUCAUACGGACAGUGACUUUGAGGGCAUCCACAUCAGUGUUAUUAAAUGUAAAACUCAAAUAUUCUAAAGACCAAUGAAUGAGCUCCUUAUAUUGCUGUGGUCUUUGUAAUAAGUGAUAGGGUGGACCUAGCUGGAUUUUGGUCUAGCCUUCACUACUACAUGAUGAAGGAAGAUGAAGUCGCACCGCUCCACGGAGCUUCAGCAAGCACUGGCACUGAACAACAUGCAUUCAGUCGUAUUUAUUUAUAUAACCUGUCUAUGUGAAUCAGCAAACUUCGACAAUAAACAAAAUCUGAUUAUUAGUCCUUAUGAAACUCUGACAGCCUUGUAAAAUUAUGUCAGUCAUGAUGUAUUAUAUUGAACCUGUAUCUAUGCUUGACCCACAGGCAGUCUUACUGUAUACCUUGUGAUGUAGAAUGCAACUUUUCUACAGUAUUGCACAUGACUGUUGUGAUGGUGUGGGCGUAUGCAUAUAACACAGGCAAACGUGCUCUUCUCAGACAGCUAUUGUGUUGCACCUAUAGCUUGUUUGAAAGAAUGAGAUUCAUGAUGUACCAAUAGCAUAUAUAGCAUUCAGCAGCACUGCACAUGCCCACGGUGUUCAAAGUUCUGCACAGUGUUGGUAUAUUUAGAUUUCUGGUAAUGUUGACAGGGUGUGGUUAAAAUCCAAAUGAACAACCUUCAUGUAUUUUUUUUUAAAGCCAACAUUUCAUGUUUCUAAUAUGGUCAUCUGGAAAUGUUACAAGGUCUGUCUGCUCUCACUUAUAAAAUGCACUGCUGAGUUUGUCGUAAUGUCACACAGACACUGCGGUAGAUUAAAUAUUAUGGUUAUGGAGUAAUGUUAAUGAAAUGUAAUGCUAAUGGGGUCUCUUUAAAUAAAAACAUUUUUAAGAAAAUA